AUGUCUCCAGGAAGAGGGCUUGUCCAGUCAGCACUGCUGCUCCCAGGGUGUCCCUCCGGUCAUCAUCAGUGGACAUGGAGGACACUUCAGGCCCAAUGUGUUUUAGAGAAACUCAGAACAAGUGAAGCCACGAUGGUCCACAACAGAAAACAACUAAGAGAAACUUAUCAGGAGCUGAUGGCAAUGUCCCAGGAGCCAUAUCUGGUCUUGCUGCAGGGUUUGGACGACAUGUUCAGAAGGAGUGAGUCAAUGCAGCUGAGCAUGCCGCAAGCUAUUAAGCCAGAACUCAAUGCCCUACCCAUCACUGGACUGACUGAAAGUUACAGGAAGUUCCAAGUGCACAUUUCACUUUCAAACAUAACCAUUAUCCAUCACAAGAUAAACAUCUUUAAUGCCAUGAGAAGAUUCAGCUUCAGACAUCACCAUAAAGAUACAACUGCGGAUUCUGCUGGAUGCUAUUUUGCUUCCUGGAGAUUACAGAACUUCAUCUUUGGGAAAUAUUACUGGGAGAUUGAUUUGAAGGACUCUAGGGACUGGGCUGUAGGGGUCUGUAAGGAUUCCUUGUUAAGGGAUAGAAACCAGGUGAUGGAACCUGAAGGUGCAUUUCUUCUUGUGUGUGUGAAGGAGGGUAAUCACUAUAGUCUCUUCACCACAUGCCCAGUAUUCCAACACUAUAUAGAGAAGCCACUGGGCCGAGUUGGUGUGUUCCUUGAUUGUGAAGAGGGAUGUUUAAGUUUCAUUAAUAUUGCCAAGUGUUCCCUCAUACACAAGUACCCUCCUGGCACCUUCAAAAACCCUGUCUGGCCUUACUUCUCCACGGGGGAAAUCUGCAAUCCAGUACCAUAG